CUUCUCCAUAUAUCAUUCUCAAUCUCACCCCCUUUCUUCUUAAAUACCCCUUUCUCCUCCCCUUCAUAUCCAUACCCUCCUUUUUUUUUCUCCUCUAAUCUUCAAGCUGCCCUAAGAGGAGAUUUAUUCCAUUCCCUAUUUCCCACAGAUCUCUUUCAAAUUACCACAAAAACACUUAUACAUUCUUCACAAAUGGCCAUCCUCAAGGGAAACAAACUCCCACAAUCUACCGUCCUCAAACAAAUCCUCAAACGUUGCUCUAGCCUUGGCAAAAAGUCCAACAAUGGCGCCUACGAUGCCGAUGAAGAACUCCCUCUUGAUGUCCCCAAGGGCCACUUCGCCGUCUAUGUCGGCGAGAACAGAAGUCGUUUCAUCGUUCCGAUCUCGUUCUUAACACACCCGGAAUUCCAAUGCUUACUUCGUCAAGCGGAAGAAGAAUUUGGAUUUGAUCAUUACAUGGGGCUCACUAUUCCUUGCCAAGAGCAUGUCUUCAGAUCCUUAACCUCCUCCAUGCUUAGAUGAAAUUAUUGCCAACCAAAAAACACUAUAUUAUUUUUCAACUUUUCCUUCAUUUGAUGGGGAUUUUUCAUGAACCAGAAUUCACAAGAAUUUGAAGAUGGGACAAAGAAGAGAGAUUAUCGAUCACAUCAUUAUCUCUCUUUUUUUUUUUUUUAACCAUCUUCUUUUUCACUUUCUUUUUCAUGGAUUUCACCAUCUAUCUUCUUCUUCUUCUUUUCUUCUUUUUGGAAACCCUUUAAUGGGUUUUUUGUGCUUAAUGACUUGAUCUCUAACUUAGUUUUGAAUUUCCAAACCCCUCUCUUAAAAAAAAGAUCUCAAAAGGGGUUGGAAGAAGAAAAAAAAAAAAAAAAACAAAGAAUGUAUUCUCUCUUUGUAAAAAUAGUCCAAUGUUUCCCUCAUUGAGGUGGAUUAUACUUUACACCCUUUGAGUGGUUUCUCUUCUAAUGGAAAAAAUGCAUGGAUAUUAUUAUAAUCACAAUU